UUCUGCAGUGUAAACAGAUCCCUGGAAGCUUGUGCCUGUGUUCUGCCACAAUCUGCGUUCUCCCAUCCAGCUUCGAUUCCUGUCGGUCGGCGACGCUAGUGUGCCCUAAAUUCUAAAUUAGCCGCCGAAAGCCAAAGCCGUUUUAGAGGUGCACUGCAGUUCUGUUGCCUGUUUGCCGAAAUUUGUUACAUCAUAGCCAGCCUGGCACUCAACUUUAUUGUUUUUCAAGCAAAGUAAAUCAUGGACAUCAAUAUCAAGCUCAACGUGGCAAUGCUGAUUGCUGUGGUGGCAGUUGAAGCCAUCUCUAUGGUCUGGUAUGCCCACGGAUCUCCAUGGGGACGCAGAGUUGGCGACCGCUACUUUAUCACUGCCAUUGUGUGUGACAUUGGCUUGGUCGUUAUCCUGAAGUUUAUUAUUGACAACUUCUGGUCAGUGCACAAGUGGGAGGACGCCAUGUUCCUGUCCCUGUGGCUGACUUUGCUGUUCCUCUGCCUGCAGGCCCCCCACGUGGUGCACAACUCCGACAGCUUCUACUACUGCUUUGUUCACGCACUGCACAAGUUCACCAUUCUGUUUGCUGUCAGCUUCUGUCUGGUACAUUUCAAGCACGUCUGAACCUUGGAGCAAUGUUGACACAGCCAUUUUGUCUCUAAAAAUGAGCUUGAACCCUGUAAAAAUGAAAUUGUCUUAAGUUCUAUAUUUGAGAAAAUAAAACAGUUUGAUUGUUUUACUUAUGUUAUUCAGAAUUUUACCACUUUCACUAAAUGCACCAAGCAUAAAAAUCCAGACAAAAUAUUAGAAAAAUUGAGCAACUUAAAAGAUUUCGAAGAAACAUUUAAUUUUCAAUAAUUAUUUUCUCAAAACGAUUGUAAUGGUACUUAAAACAAUUUGGUUUUCAAGGGUUGGUAUAGGAUUUUAGAUCUUCCAUAAUAUUACAACAUCCAUGCUUUCCCUUUUGUUAAAAUAUGAUGUAGAAGAGGGAAGGGUUUUAUAUAACUGGAAUUUGAGACACUGUGACAGUUGGCAUUAAUGUUAAUUGAGAGAGUGAAAUUUACCGCUUUAACUUCUUUGAUUACUUGACUGUCUGCUCUAUUUGACUUUGCCCUUGACACUGUCUAUCUGGCAAAUAGAAUUUUUCUUUAUUUCAUUGCUGAUAAUUUUGUGCGGAUCCGCUGAUUUCCACUUUUUUUUUUGUUUCCAAAAUAUUACUACAAAAGUAAGGUAUGUGUUAUAUUAUUGUAGUUAGUAUUAGAGUUCUAUGUUGAAAUUUCGGUGUAUUGCAACGGGGUUGGAAUAUUUUCCUCUUUUUUUUACUUUUUCUCAUUAUGAGCCCUGUUAUUUAGAAAACGAGCAGAAUAAAUUGUGAAGGCAGAAAUUAUGUUUUUAGCUAGUUUUAAAAAUUCAGAUUUUACGGAGAGGCUCAAAAGGCCUAGUUUUUUAAGAACAGAUUUUGUGAUGAAUAUGGACUUUUAUUGCCAUUGCCAGCAGCCUCUAAUGAUACUAGUAUUAUGGCUUUAGUUUGUUUUCACAUAAAAUUAUACUGUACUUCAAUACGUGAAUAGAGAAAAGUUCCCAUUUAUGAUUUCUAAUUAUCACUAAAAUGAUUAGGGAAGAUGGACUGUCAGUUAUCAAAUAAAGAAUGUAAGAGACAUGUUUUUCAAAUAUUGCCAUGACAUAUACAGCAACUAUACCUCUGUUUUACCUUGAAUAUUUUUUUGUCCAAUGAUAUUUGUAGGUGUAUAAUGUACUUAUAAUACUCUUAAAAAGGACAUAAUCUUACUAAAUGUAAAUCACUCGAAUUGCUUACUUUAAACUGAUGCGCAUAUAGUAGUCAUGUCUGUUUUCAUUGUGAAGGGCAUUAAUGGAAGCGAAGAGCAACGCAUUGUUACUGCUUUACUGCUGUUACUUUUGGAUCUGACACCGUACUUGUAAAAUACCCAUAAUACAAAGUCCUUUAUUUUUCGUGAUCUGCUUUUGAUGAGGAUGCCUUGGCGAAUUUUACAAUGUUUUUGUAUUGGAAUUAUUUUGUAAAAACAUUUUUCUGAAAGUUGACUGGACAUUAGCAGUUCCCAGUAGACUGGCUUACUUCCCCAUCAUGAUAUUAAAAAACCCAACUACCUGAGAAUCAGUUGAUAUUAAUUUGUCGCUGUAAAAAAAAAAUAGGUACAUUAAUUAACUAUUCAGUUUUCAAAACUUAACUUUCAUCUUUAUGUAUCAUACAUAGAAGUUUGUGUAUUUUCAAGUUCUUAGACUAAUAAGUAUUUGUAUCAUUAUGAUGAUAUUAGAAAUAUUCUCUAUCCAUAACUUUCAUUAGGAAUGUGAUAUAUACUUUUUUCCUGUAUGUGCAAUGACCAUUAAUAUUAGUAUCAUUUUCAUAUAUUUGAAAUGGUUUUUAUAUUGCCAAAAUGGGAUGGUUUAGGUCUCAAUUGGCAUCUUUAGUGUAAUAGUUAGGUUCUUCGUUUUUUUAUUAGCUAAAGACACGAUUUGAAUGCGGAGAAAUAAAAUAUCGAGUUUCUUGGUCAGUUUGCUAGGAUGCUAUAUAUUCCCUCUCGGCGCAGGAUAGCCCUCCCGACAAGCUGAGUCAGAAACAGCUUGACCAACAAAUAUCUCAAUUUGAUUGACGGGGGUGGGAAACAUUUGAAAUUUCGAAGGAAAAAAGCAAAAAUGAAGGUCUUACUCCUGUAUGUUGUAUGGUGAAAUGUGUUGUUACUAGUUGUCCAAUUAUAAAAGCAACAAGUUAUAUAUGUAGUGACCCGUAUGAUUUUUCUCUUACAUUAUCUUUUUUUUGUGGGGGGGUUUUUUUCAUGUGUUGAUGGAAUGAAUAUCUUUGUUAAGACAAUCAUAUUCUUGUGGGGUCAGGAUCCUCGUAGCCACUAUUUCUAUUCUUUAGACAAUUGUAUUACACGAACAUAACCUUUGAUUUGCUCAUGUUGUAUUUGUAACGAAUACAGUAUUCUUGCUCAAAUUGGUGUCUAUAGUGUGAAGGUUACAAAGUCAGUUUUGGCCGUGAUGGUCAGGUUUGAAGCAGCCACCCCUCUAAAUGCUGUAAUUUGAAAUGAUGGGACAUAAAACAUUAUGUCAUUAAUCUUUUGCUCUCUAGAAAUCCAGGAAUUAAAGGGGAUGUAUUACUCUUAAGUAGUUGAAGUUGAAGUAUGGGGAAAUACUUCCUUAUUAGCGUUGUUCCAGUUAUGCCACAAAGAUCUUCCUACUAUAAGUGAUAUUAUCCCAUACAUGUUACAUUUGCUUUCUUUUUAUGGCAAAUAACAUAAAAGAAAAACUUCCUAGAUAUAGUGUAAUUACUGUCGUAUGUUUGGAAACCAUUGAAAUUUUUUCAAAGUGAAAACUAGUUUAACUUUGUUAACGUUAUUCAUGCUUCCCAGAAAAGAGUUGUUCUGUAUAAUGUUAGUUUUUAGGUGAAACAUAAUUAAAUGGCAUAAUACCUACUUCCAUAAAAACUUAUUUUUUCUUUACCAUACCGGAUACCUCAAAGGUUUAAAUAAUCAUUGUCAAAGUCUACAUAAUCAUUGUAUCUAGAAUUUUAAUUUGUCUUUAUAAUCUAUUUUUACUGUUACCCAUUCCAUAGUCUACGCAUGUUUUUAUAUAAAGAAAGCCUGUUAUUUUUGGAGCUGGUAUAGGCAAUAUAUUUAUUUUUUCAGAAUUUUAAAAACGAUUGCUGGUUAAUCUGAUUGCUAUAUUUUCUGAGUCGUUGUCCAUCGUUACUUUGAGCUAUAGCCUUGAAAUUAGAAAAGGAUUGUUAAAUUUACAGAUUGGACAUUUUUACAUGUAUGGUUUCAGUAAAAGCUGGAACAUGACUUUAUACUCGCACCAAAGAUCUGAAAGAUUUGAUAUUUGAUCAUGGAAUAAAUUUUUUGUUGUUACUCUCCUCAAUGUUAACCACGUUAUUAUUAUACACUUAUUACAGCAGUUCACAUUUUUAACUUUAUAUUAUAAAACCUUUGCAUAAUAGAACAAUAAAAUUUUCUUCAGUAUAAUUUUA